GUCUGCGCGAGACGAGCGGCCGACGCACGCGCCGUCGCCUCGCCUCCUUCCAGAUCCGCGGCGAGCCGGGAACGAGGAAAACGGAAGGAUGGGAUCAAAAUUUAAUGCAUUGUGGAAAAAUGAGUUACUUGCCCUGGGCAAAGAUGAUAAAGAUAAAGCAAUCACAGUAAGAAAUGAUUAUCCGAAGCCCCCUAUCCCUUGUUUUGAAGUUACUGAGGGUUUUGAUUUGGAAAAGGUUGAGGAGCUUAUGCUAGAAAGGGAGAUUAAGAUCGCCAAGUCCAUGGCAAAUGACAUAAUCAUCCCAGACCCUGCUCCCAAGUUUGUGGGUGAUGCCUUCUUGGACAUAUAUGCCAAAUUGGAGCACAUCCUUGUAAAGGAUAGUGUCCGGUGCUUCCUCCGAUUUUUCGAGAACUGUGAAGGCCAGGGCAUGUCAUCUUAUCUUACCAUCACCGCACAAACCUUAACCUUCAUUGUCGGUUUCAAUGCCCUGCGAUGUGCAAAAGUCGUAUUGGAGGGCAUGGCACCUGAGCUCUAUGGGAUGCACGCCAAUCCCAACUGCAUAAACAAAUAUGGAUACUUCGUGCUCCAUGAAGCUGCUGAAAGGUUCUCUGUUGACAUGAUCAAGCUGCUUUUACGCCAUGGUGCAUCAGCCAAUGUGCGCACAGUUGGCAAUGAUGUCAUUGAGAAUCUACUCCCGCUCCAUGUCGCAGUUGAGAAUACUUGCCUGCAUAAGUAUCUGGAGGACAAUCUGGAGGACAAUCCUUCUCGCAGCCAGAAUCAUGAGGAUUAUGUCUACAAGCUUAUUCAUCUGCUGUGUCUACCUGAAAUGAAGAUCUUCUUGGACACAAUUAGACUGCUUGCAGAGAAAACAAAUAAUCUACUCGAAGAGCUCUGGAAUUAUAUUGAGGAUGGAAAAAUUAUCCAGUCUGCUGUUCUACUACUGGCUGCUCAAGAGCAGAUCCGUGGGGUUAGUUCUUCCAAGAUAAAUGGCAGUAGUAAGAAAAAUGGGUUUGAAAUCAUCGAGAAGUGUAUAACGAGGCAUUCAUAUGCCUUGAGAAACGAGAAAGGUUCACUUGGAAUGGCACAGGAGCUUCUGGAGGAAAGGAAGACGCUUAACGAUUGUGCAUGGCUGCUUGUUGAUGUAAUUUCCCAUGCCGGUGAAGAUCUUUCUGCAUACAUUCAAGCGCAUUCUGUGGUGUCCCAUGUGGAGGUCUUUCAACAUGUUUCAUCUAUUCUCAAGGAGUGUGGAUUUUGCCCUACUGGAGAUCUUAUGGACACUAUAAACCUCCAGCCUUAUGACUGCAGAAAGUCAAACGGAGAGUCAUGCAAAGGGCUUACAGAUGCAAACAUGGCAGUUAUGGAAUCAGCCAAGCUGAAUGCUGCAGAGAAGAAGGUCACAACUGUUGGAAAUGACGGCCUCUCCCUUAUGGCACAACAGCACACUACACAAACACAGGCUGUGAGAAAGAAAGUAGGCGGAGGAUGGGAUCCCAAGUAUACAAAGAGAAGCUUUUUCCCAUAUUGGAGAUCAGUGUUACAAGCUGGGGUUCCUUUGAAGGUGUAUCCAGCCCAUGCAAGCUCAGAUCCUAGGUCUCGUGUUAACCAUGGACAACUCCAUGUCUCUCUGAGUAACUCAAUAGCCAAUGGAUCUACAACAACUCCAAAUCAUAAACUUGGUCGAACCUCGCCACUUACAAGCAAUAAUCAACCCAGAAGGUGCUUUGUCACUGCUGCUACUGGUGCAUUCAGGCUCUUGAAGGUGCUAAAGUAGAGUAGAAAGUUGAUAGCCAAAGGAAGGCUGGUGAUCUCUGGAUUGAGUGGGAAAAAUGACUGGCAGGAACUAAAUUUCUGGCCUAUGACGCUGAACGAUGUGUCAAUGUGCCUGAAUCUGCAUUGGCAUGGGAGAAUUUCGUAUUUUCAUUUCCUUUUUGUCCACGUCAUUUUCUUUUUCUACCAAACUGUUCUGAUUUUGUCGAUUUCCUUCUGUUCUGGUGAAUUGUGCAGGAGGCUCAACUGAUGCCUGACUGAGUUAAUUGCACAGAAGUACCACAAUUCGGGCAUCACAUGCAGAUUGGUACCAUGAUUGCUAAUUUUUGCGUGUCAGUACCAACAUUGGUCUAAGUUUUUGCAAAUUAGGCUAAAACGUGUAUUUGUACGUAUUGACGGUGUAUCUGACCGAUGGGGCCCGCCGGUCAGGUGCUGAUGUGGCAUGUUUUUUUUUAGAAAACCCCCUUAUGUUAUAUGUAAUCACAAAAAUGCCCAAAUUUUUUGCGGGAAAAAGGCUGCAGGAGAGGUUUUUUUUU